GCAGCGACGACGUUUGCGGUCCCUGGUUGAGCGCCUCUAUCCCCCUUCAUCUCGCUCCUUCGCAGAGGUACUAGCUAUCAUCAUCUUCUAUCUGAUUUUUGUCGGCUACGGUUUUGGAAAGAAAUGUUGCGCGUCGUCAUCCAUGGCGGAGCAAGUCAGCUGCUGAAUGGCGGCGUCGAAGCCCCCAUCGGCCGAAUCACUGUCUGAGAAGCGAACGAAGCGCAGUCGCGAGAAGUGCUGAUCCGUCUCAAACAUUUGGGACUGUGAUUUUCUUUUGUUUUCUACUACAACAAUCCCAUUUUUCUCUGUUUGUAGACACGUACGGAGUUAAUAAACUAAAACAUUUGUAUUACUAGAAUAAUUCAGUGGUGAGGACAAUGUCAAUAUAAUAACGUAAUUCUUUGUUUUAUUCCUAACAAUUGAGAGGAAUGUUUUGAUAGUAAAUGGUUACUCUAUUACUAGAAUAAUUCAGUAACAAAUCAAGAUCUUGUAUCGUUCGGUAGAAAGCAUCAAUUGUGGCUGUAAUCUAAUACGGUUUUUACCACACUUUUGACUAGAAACACAUAAAUAGUUAGUUGGGUUACGAUCCUGAUUAAUUUGCCUUUUGCCAUCGCUAAGCAUCUUUUCUCCGUCAGUAUAUAUGGACACCAUGAUGGGGCGUCGUCUUCUAGUGAGCCUUGUACCACUACUCAUGGCGGUCAUGGUGGCGGCGGCGUUCGACAUCUCAAGAGGCCCACCGGCGUUCGGGGUCCGAAGAGGGGCUCCAAAGGAGUACUGCGACUGGCGCGGACCUUGGGGCGCUGCGCCCUUCCUGCUGGGGUCAGCUGCGGCCAUCCACCUCGGCAACACCAACUCGUGCAUCGCCGCCUACAACUUUCGCACAUGGAGCCACGAGUACUACCAGCUCUGCAUGCCCUCUUGGGUGGCCGUCACGGACAACGGUACGGUCCUCUCCGGCGAGGCUGCUAUGAACCACGCCACCAUCGGCCCUAGGACGGCCAUCUCGGGCUUCACGCGCCUCCUCGACCAAAAGCUCACGGACGAUGUGGGGAAGAGCGAGAUGAAGCUUUCGCCGCCGUACAAGUUCUCCGAGAGGGCGGGACCGGUCGCCAUGCAAUUUAAUCAUCCAAGCCGGCGUGGCCAGGUCAUAGAGUUCUCCCCCGUGGAUCUCGCCGUUGUCCUCGUCUCUGAGCUGAAGCACAGGGCGGAGGCUCACCUAGGACGUGAGCUCUCGGCUGCUGUCAUCGCCAUGCCGCGUCACCUCAACUACAACGAAAGGCAUGACAUCGUCAAUGUGGGACGGCACGACGCUGGCUUCCACCGGGGCGCCAAGGCCAUCGACCGGUAGAUCGU